AUGGACGAAGAUGAAAUUUUAAUAAUGUAUUACUUUUUGAAAAGAAGGAAAAUGAAGCAAGAAAUGAAAAGAAAGUACUGGGUACAUCCAAUGUUAAUGAAAAGAAUUCCAUUAGGAUUAUGUCAGAGUUAUAUAGAAGAAUUAAAAAGUGAUGAUGGAAAGUUUUAUGAGUAUUUAAGAAUGACUGUCUCCACCUUUGAUAGCCUACUGGCACGACUUGCAGACAAUCUUAGAAGAGAAAACACACAUUUCAGAAAUUGUAUAAGUGCCGAAGAAAGACUAGUGAUAACUUUAAGAUAUUUGGCGUCGGGAUGUUCGUUUAAACAACUGCAUUAUAAUUUUAGAGUGGGAAUGUCAACCAUCAGCAAAAUAAUCAAAGAAACGUGUUCUGUUAUUUGGAGCGUAUUAAGUGCAGAAUAUUUAAAGUUGCCCAAUACCGAAGAAGAAUGGAAAGCGAUCGCUGAAGCUUUUAAAACGAAAGCAAAUUUUCCUCAUUGCCUCGGUGCGCUGGACGGCAAGCACAUAAGGAUUACAAAGCCAAUAAAUAGUGGUUCUAUGUUCUUUAACAAUAAGGAUUAUUUUUCUUUUAUUUUAUUUGCAAUUGUUGAUUUAGAAUACCGUUUCAUUUACGUUAGUAUUGGUUCAUACGGAAAAGAGUGUGAUUCAUCUAUCCUAAAACAAUCCAAUUUUUGGAAGAAACUAAAUGAUGGUACUUUAAAUAUACCAAGACCCACGCCAUUACACGAAAAUAUGCAAGAAGAAAUACCAUAUGUAUUUGUUGGAGACGAAGCCUUUACAUUGUUAUGGCGGUACUCAUUUAGACAAUAA